CUCUCUUGUAUCGGUUGCUGUGCGCGAAGUAUUUGUGUCUGUUGAUGUAUUUAUUGUUUCUUUUUUUUUAUAUCUGACAUCACCAUCGUGUUUAUUUAUUUGCUUACCGAACUUAGACGAUUUUUCGCUGUUAAUAUAAAGUCUAUUAAAAAAGCAACGAAAUCCGAGGAGUUUCGUGAACUGAUGCUAGUGUGUGUUUGUUUCUCAAACCCCUUUUGCAUGUGGGUUCCGGCGUCCAUGUUGUGGAAUGGCGGACCGAAAUGCAGUAACCAGCUGGCUGAAUGCUCUCUUAAGUGAACCUGAUUAAACGCCACGUUUGGCGCUUAUGUUUAUUUGUUCGUCUGCUGAAUGUCUGACAUGAAUUGGAAACGAUUUAUUUUGUUUUUGUGUGACCUAUGGUGCCACGGUGUGUGGGAAUUUUGUGAAAACUGUAUACGAUAAAAUUAUUCGUGUGGGUGCUGAUUUGUAUUGGAGCCCUCCGUAUCAAAGCGGCAUAAAAAUUCUGCAUGAUCGUGCUUUUCCAUGGUGCUGGUCAGUGCUGAGGGCUCGGAGCGGAGGCCCCCAAUGGAAGCCCCCGAUAAUGCUGUUAUGGCACCAAAACAAGCUACUUGGAUCAAAGGGGAAGAUCACAUGGUUUUCCUAGACCACGCAAGAAUUAAAAUUUUAGGAGAUCACACAAAGCAACCAGUGUCUAUGUAUGGCCAACUAGUCACGCAAGAUCAACUAGUCGCUAUAAAUACAAGGACACAAGGUUCUCAAAUUGAUUUGGUUUCAUCUCAUUCACCAGCACCAUUUAAAUGUCGAGAUCCCAGCUUGGCUCCCCUCCGAAAACUUAGCGUUGACCUUAUAAAAACAUAUAAACAUAUAAAUGAGGUAUAUUAUGCAAAGAAGAAGCGACGUGCUCAACAGACUCAAGCUGAUGAUACAAGUCACAAAAAAGAAAGAAAAUUAUAUAAUGAGGGAUAUGAUGAUGAUAAUCAUGACUACAUCAUUAGAAGUGGGGAAAAGUUUAUUGACAGAUAUGAGAUAGAUUCUCUUAUAGGCAAAGGCUCAUUUGGCCAGGUUGUUAAGGCAUUUGAUCAUGAAGAAAAGUGCCAGGUGGCGAUAAAAAUAAUCAAAAACAAAAAACCAUUUCUUAAUCAAGCCCAAAUUGAAGUUAAAUUGCUUGAAAUGAUGAAUUCCAGGGAUAAUGAUGCUUUUGAAAUAUUAGGACAAGAUAAAAUAGUGAAAUUAAAAGGCCAUUUUAUGUGGAGAAAUCAUCUGUGCUUGGUGUUUGAGUUGCUGUCAUAUAAUUUAUACGAUCUGCUGCGAAAUACUAAUUUCCGUGGUGUGUCUCUCAAUUUGACUCGGAAGUUUGCACAACAGAUGUGUACAGCCCUGAUGUUCUUAUCUAAUGCUGAUCUCAACAUUAUACACUGUGAUCUAAAGCCCGAAAAUAUACUUCUUUGUAAUCCAAAAAGAAGUGCAAUUAAAAUUGUUGACUUCGGUAGCUCAUGCCAGCUUGGUCAGAGAAUUUAUCAGUAUAUCCAAAGCCGAUUUUAUCGCUCUCCUGAAGUUCUUCUUGGAUUAACUUAUGAUAUGGCUAUUGACAUGUGGAGUCUAGGUUGCAUCCUAGUGGAAAUGCACACAGGGGAGCCUCUCUUUAGUGGGGCAAAUGAAAUUGACCAAAUGAAUAAAAUAGUGGAAGUUUUGGGUAUGCCUCCAAAAUACAUUUUAGAUUCGGCUAAUAAGUCACGCAAGUAUUUUGAUUGUCUACCUGAUGGUACUUUCGUUUUGAGAAAAACCAAAGAUGGGAAAAAGGUAGGAUUUCUCUUUGUAUGUGUAUUGUGGAUGUGUUGAUGCACAAGAUUUUUU